AGUUUCUCUCUUGCGUUGCUCGCGUGCGGUUCGUAGUUCGCAGUUCGCUCGUUGGAAAUUUGUUGGUAACACAUUGUUGUUGCUCGUUCCCCGCCGGCAACGAUCUUAAUACACAGCGGCAAUAAACAAAUGUCCGCAUUUAUAAAUCAAAAGUCAACGCGCACAUUGAAAUAGAUUCAAGCGGAGCACCAAAAUACUCACAUACAAAUACAUCGGAAAACGUGCGCACACAAAAUCUAAAAAAAAAAUAAAAAAAUAGUAAUAAAAAAAAGAAAAGAAAAGAAUACAAGAAAGAAGCGGUGACAGCCACUGAAAAGUUUUAUCAAUCGUUCAAAUUUAGCCUAGAGUGAUUCUUAUGUUUGUUGUUGUCUGUUUUCUUAACCCCUUGUACGCAAUUAAUAAAAGUCGCGAAAGCGGAAAAUUUAGCGCUAAGAAAUUGCAACACGUGUUUUUUAUGCCAACAGUGCGUAUGAAAAUUUGUUGCUUUUAGUCUGCGGUCGCAGUUAUUUUCGUUUAAAUACACACAAACCCACACACACACAUCAUCGAGCGGGUGAGUGUGAGCAGAUGUGAGUGUCAGUGUGUGUGUGUGUACGUGUGUGUGUGUAUGUGUGUGCGAGUGUGUGUGUUGUCUUGUGGCACAUGUCUCGGAAAAUUUGCUGAAAAGUUUGCAUAAAACAAAAACUCAACGCGCUUUAUAUGUUGCUGCCAUUGCUCAUUGCGAAAGUUGACAGCAGAGCAAAUGUGCAAAACAACCAAAAGAACAACAACAAUAAAAACAACAACACCAACAGUAGAUAAAAGAAUCGCAACACGGAUACGCAGCUGCAACAGUGAUAUACAUUCAUAACAAUAUACAUAUAAACACAGCGCUCAAAAUACCAAAGAGAUCUUAAGCUCAACUUCUACAUUAGGCUAUCUUCGAUGAGUGUUAAGUGAGUGGUUAGCGGGGAUUUAAGCAGAUCCGCAGCUGGCGGAUCACUGAUCGGUUUGUUGGGUAUAUCAGUGGUUCAGUUUGCUGAGUAGCCAUUUGGCCCCACAUCGGAUUGCCUGUCGUCCGCACCCCACAAAUAAUGCUGCAACAUCCCGCCACCGAUUUCUACGACUUGGCCGCUGCAAAUGCGGCAGCUGUACUCACCGCCCGCCACACGCCGCCCUAUAGCCCCACGGGGCUGAGUGGGUCGGUGGUUGCGUUGCACAAUAAUAACAAUAACAAUAGCACAAGCAAUAAUAACAAUAAUCUCGAUAUGCUGACGCACAACGGUGGACCAGGCGGAGGAGGAGGCGGAGUUGUAGGCGGCCUAGGUGUGGGCGUGGGGGGCAUGUCUGUCACGGGACUCCACCUGAACAGCAGUAGCAAUGGAGGCGGACCAGCUGGAGGCGGCGUCAGCUCAGCGACAGCCGGACGCGAAACUUUGCCGAGCUUUGGCUUCACGCAGGAGCAGGUGGCCUGUGUGUGUGAGGUACUGCAGCAGGCGGGCAAUAUCGAAAGACUGGGACGCUUCCUUUGGUCGCUGCCACAAUGUGAUAAACUGCAACUGAACGAAUCUGUGCUGAAGGCCAAGGCGGUCGUCGCAUUCCAUCGUGGCCAGUACAAGGAGCUGUACCGGCUGCUCGAACAUCAUCACUUCUCUGCACAGAAUCAUGCCAAGCUGCAGGCUCUGUGGUUAAAAGCGCAUUAUGUGGAAGCCGAAAAACUGCGCGGAAGACCUUUGGGUGCUGUGGGCAAAUAUCGUGUUCGUCGCAAAUUUCCAUUGCCCCGCACCAUUUGGGAUGGCGAGGAGACGAGCUACUGUUUUAAGGAGAAAUCCCGUUCGGUAUUGCGAGAUUGGUAUGCGCACAAUCCGUAUCCGUCGCCACGAGAGAAACGCGAUCUCGCAGAGGCAACCGGACUGACAACCACCCAGGUUUCCAAUUGGUUCAAGAAUCGACGACAAAGAGAUCGCGCUGCCGAGCAUAAAGAUGGCUCGACGGACAAACAACAUUUGGACUCGUCCAGCGAUUCUGAAAUGGAGGGCAACAUGCUGUCCAGUCACAGCGCACAACAGCAGCAACAGCAGCAGCAGCAGCAGCAGCAACAACAACAACAACACUCAGCCGCCACGCAUCACUCGCAUCACUCACAGCAGCAGCAGCAGCAAUCGCCCAGCAGCAGCAGUAACAACAACAACAACAAUAGCAAUGGCAACAGCAACAGCUUGCAUCAACAUCAGCACCAGCAACUGCAACAUGUUACAAACGCUGAGCAAAGCCUGCAACAACAACACCAUCAACAACAACAACAGCAACAACAACAAGCAGCAGCAGCAGCAGCCGCAGCGGCAGCAGCCAGCAAAAGCAGCGCCGCAGCGGCUGCCGUUGCUGUUGCCGCCUCCCAAAUGCCGCCCCUCUCCGCCGCCGUUGCCUAUUCGCAUUUGCAUAGCGUGAUGGGCACCAUGCCCAUGUAUGAUAUGGGCGAAUACCAGCACUUAUGAUUCUAGUUGGAGGCUGCUGCUGCCGCCAGCAACAACAACAGCAACAGCAACAACAACAGUAACAGCAACAGCAGCAGCAGCAGCAACAACUUGGCCUGCGACUGGCCAGCAAUGUUGCGUCCACGCCAGCAGCGCAGUCAGCAACAACAGCAGCACCAGCAGCAGCUGCGGCAUCCGGAAAACUUUUACUUUUAAAGGAGGAGCGAGCAUUCUCGAAAUUAUUUCAAUAAUUAAUCAUCGAAUUAGCAGCACUUCGCAUUUUUACAAUAACAGCGAGACAGACAUAAAGAGACAGAGAAGAGACAGCAGAGAGAGAGAGAGAGAGAAAGGGAGAGAAAAAGAGAGAGCACAACGGAAGCGAAAGAGAAUAUUGCAGCAUAAUCCACUUCAUGUUCAAUUCUCACUUAGUAAAAAUAAAUAACUUCAUUGAUCUGUGUAAA